CUGCCUGUGUUCCAGCUAUCUCCGAGGCAUGUGGGCUGUGGCGCGCGAACUGUGGUCCCCCUGCGCCGGAUUGCGCGCGCUGUGGGGUGGCAGCCAUAGUGUGCGGCUUCUCUGCCCAGCACGGGGUCUGCGGGGCUCCGCGGCCUCCUAUGGCAACAAAAACUUGCUCAAGAAGUUUGCCUCCAAAAGCAGAAAGAAGUUUUGGUAUGAAGGUCCUUCCCUGGAGUCUCACUUGACUUACAAGCCAUCCAAGUUGGAAUCCCUCCUGAAGGCUACCUCAAAGAAGACCAGGAAGGAAGACCAUGUGCGCUUGAGGGCCCUGAGUGGCCUCCUCUACAAAGCCCUGAUAGAUUUGAUGUCCACACCUGAAGUGAGCCAGGAGGUGUAUGACCUGAAUGUGGAGCUCUCCAAGGUCUCUCUGGCUUCAGACUUCUCAGCCUGCCGCGUGUACUGGAAGACAAGUCUCUCUGCUGACCAGAAUAAGCACACGGAGGCCAUCCUGCAGAGGAGUGCUGCACACAUGAGGCACCUUUUGAUGUCCCAACAGACCCUCAGAAAUGUGCCACCAAUAGUGUUUGUUCAAGACAGAAGAAAUGCACUUCUGGCUGAGGUUGAUCGGUUGCUGGAAAUAGCUGACUUUGGGCCUGUAGAUGAAAUAGGCAACACAGCACAAGCUGAUUUCAGGAACCCUGAUGGCCUGUCACCAUAUGACCCCCCAGGACCUGCCGCAUACUCUCAUCUGUGUGGGAUUGAUCAUGAGGCACUCAACAAACAAAUAAUGGAGUACAAACAGAAGAAUGAGAAAGGACUCCGGGACAUGAACUUGGUGCCACCUGGGCAGGAGCAAAUGGCCAAGCUGCCACAGUGGGUGAGGAGAACAAAGAAGGCUCCACUGCAAAAAGACCAGGACACUUCCCCCAGAAGUUUCCUCUUGGGUGAGGAGAGUGAGGGCAAGAAUGAGGACAGUACCCUGGGGUAUGGAUGUGAAUCCCAGAAAGCAGAGGAAUGGAAGGCAGAGCCUGGAGGUGGUGGGACACAGGGCCCCCAUUCCAGAACAGAGUAAUGGUAGGGGUGAGGCUGCAGGCUGCCUGUGUGGGCCUGCAGGAGAAAAGGGAGUGUUUGUGUGAGGUGUGUGGUCCGUACUGCAGAGGUAGGGGGUGGAGUUGAAGCUCUUGGUUGUAUCGCCGACUCUCCUGCUGUUUAACCUUCAAUAGUUUUUCAUGUAUCUAAACACAAUUUCCUGUACAGAAGUCACUUGUUUUUUCUCCAGCGCUCUGUAAUAAAAAAAAUAAACCACCUGUCCCGUCAGUGAGAUCUUCAGACAUGAAGACAGUGAAGCUGUAUCACAGGGACUCUAGUCCAAGCCCACCCACAAAGCCAGGCUGCAGCAGAAGAGGGCAGGGAUGGAGGCUGCAGGUGCUCCGUGCUUGCACAUCUUCCAAAGAGUGGCUUCCUCUCAACACUUGUGGGCCCAUUUUCCACCUUUUGGUUGAGGCAUGGUUGAACAAAAAGUAUAUGUCAGUGGGAUGAAGGGCUCCCGGGUGAUGCUGGCUAUGCCUGAACUCUGAUCACCUCUGAAAUAUUGACAGACUUUGGCCUUAGUGCCUCUGUCCAGCUGGCAUUUUUAAAAAAAACCUAUUCAAAUGCCCAACAGGCCGAUCUUUGCCUUCUGAGGAACCUGAGUCUUUUGGACACAGGCCAUGAAUAGCUUUUCAUUUUAUCAUUUAUAUCAGAAGAAAAAACCUGUGCUCCAUCUUACAAAUUGUUUUGGUUUAUUUUAAACAGGAAAAUUAUCAACAAAAGGUGCAGAUAUGUUUAAAAUGUGGCACUUAGACUAUGGAACAGCAUUAGCUUGCUCAGCAGGGUGUCAGAUUAUGUCUUUUGUGGAUAUCUUCAAAUGACAAAGUAUUGUAAUCACAACUAGAGAUAAGCAGAAACUACCCGUAAGGACCAGUGAUAACUAGCAACUACUGCUAGUUAUAACCACAAACUACUAGUGAUAACCAAUGACAUGUAGCAACUACCAGUUGUAACUGAAGUAAGCGAGUUAACCAGAAACCCCCUCAAUAGCCUGUGCCUGAACUUUAUCCUUCCUCCCAAGACUGCUUGUUCAAAGUGAUAUUAACCAGCACAUAGCUUACCUUGUGGUUAAGAACAAAGGACAGGUCAUGUUUUACUUCAGCCUUAACCAUAAUGAUAGGAAUUUCCUGCUGGAUCCCCAAAAUUGUAUUUUAAUCUAACUUGCAAUCUGCUUCUGUGCCCCAUGCUUGCUCAAAGAUGAGAUCAUGACAUUCUAUUGUGUGAUUUUUCCCUUUAAAAACUAGGCUUCACUGCUUGAUGGGUACCAAGGAAGAUGGGAGCACGAGCUUGUCCUUGGUUGCCAGCUAUUAAAAAGACUUCUUUAAUUUGGA